AUGCAAUAUCUGUUUGUGCCGUUUGUGCUUCUGUGCGUAAAGGGUCUUCUCAGGAACAGAGAACCCACAACAUCCAUCACCCCCUACCACCUGGACUCGCACGAGGGGGGUAACGAUAAACCGGAUGACAUACUCUAUGGCGGCACCUUCUCCCCCGCGGAAGGAGCCUCCUUUGGGCAAGACGCACGACAACCAAGUGGUUAUGAAAAUGAAGCGGAAUUGUCUUCUACAAAUUCUCCAUCGGGGGAGAGUUUCCUCCAGGAGUGUACAAUUAACAGUUGCUUGAGUGUGGACAACGAUGAGGUGGGAGCGGUGGCGGCGACUGAUGAGUUGAUUGGUGAAGGGCCGCUCAAUGAUACGGUAGGUGGGGUGCCAGACAGUGAGAACAAGGACGAAGCAACGAGCGAGGCAAAGGAUGAACCGAAGAUGGAACCGCAGGAAGACCCCCCCAAAGAACAGCAGAGUAUUGAAAAAACGAACGAACCAAAGGAAGAUCGCAGCAAGGACAACAACACACCUGUUGAGAUGGGUGCCUCAAAAGACGGCGAGGCGAAUUGCGCCCUAGGCGGAAACAAGGGGACGCAAGAGGACACUUCGGUGGAGGAGAAAAAGGUCGAGAAGGGGGCCACUGAAACGGAGGCGCAUGUGGAAGAGAAGGCAAGUCUCCAAAGUGAAGGCCAAAACGGGGGCCAAACCGUAAGUCAAAGUGACACUCAAACUGCACACCCAGAGGCCUCACCAGCAAAAAAGGGCGACACGAAGGAGAAAGAAGAAGAGGAGGGAAAGGAAGAAGACAAGGAGGAUUCAGAGGACACAGACGAUGCGGACGAUGCGGACGAUGUGGAGGAUGCAAAGGAGGAAAAGGAUGAGGAGGAUGAACAGGAUGAAGAAGACAAGCAGGAAACGGAUGAGGAGGAAACGGAAGGGGGAAAUAAAACCAAGAGUGAUGAUCAGGCGGGGGCGAAAACGAAUGAAGCUUCGCACAACUCUGGUAAUACUGUGGGGGCUGAAAAAGAAGUGGACACAAAAAAGGAAAAUGCUUCAAAUGAAGUAGAAGACAAAAAGGGAUCUCCACCUGGUAGCCAUUCAAACGGACAGGAAGAAGCAAAAGAGGGGGUUCAAAACAGCACCAACACGAUUGAUGUGGUGGAAAAAACAGAGCUCCCAAGCGAUAGCCCAACAAAGGCAACUGAUUCACAUAACAGUUUAAAACGAAAUAAUGACACAACUGGGGAGGACGCAAAAACAGUUCCUCUACACAAAGGUAACGACAAUGGGACUGACGUGAAUGAGGGUUCGUCAGGGGCAGCACAUCCGGAGGAGGGAAAAGAAUUGCCCAAGAGCAACGACAUGCACAGUGAAAAGGGUAUGGAAGGGGACCUGGUCAAACAAAACGCAGAGGGCGCAAAAGGUGAAGAUAAAGGAGGUAACAAAAAGCAAGGAGACAGUAAGCACAGGGACGUGCCACACGGGGGGGAAGGUGCUGGUGAAACGAAAUCACAAGGGAGUCAUGGUGACGCUGACGUUGGCGCAGAUGUUGACCUUGAUGAUAAGGACGAUAUGGACGCCGAUGGUGAUGACGAUGCAGAUUCGGAUGCAGAGGGGGGGGAAGAUGUGGAAGAGGACGAGGAGACGGAAAAGAAAGGAAAGGGGCCCCCAAACAAGAAUGAAGUCCCAGCCUGGGAUAGCGUUGAAGAAGGGAAGACCCCUCAGGAGGCAACACCUGAAGGGGGUGCAGCAACUAAUGCAGCUAUGCACACUGAUGAAGCCCUGCAAAAGGGCAAGCAUAGGGAGGACGAAGAAUUACAUGGUGGAGCGAGUCCACAGGAGGUAGCUCCCCCCAAUGAAGAAGCCUCCCUUGGAAAGCAGAGCACAUUGGAGAAGGCAUCACCACCACCCCCAGCUGCUGCUGUCCACAUGGUCCAGCAGCAGGGUGAACAGCAUGGUCAAGAGCAGGGUGAACCGCAUGGUCAAGAGCAGGGUGAACCGCAUGGUCAGGUGCAUGGUCAACAGCAGGACGAAAGACAAAGCAAGGAAGGAGGAAAGAAUUACGAAUCCAAUAUGUACACACUGGAUAAAAAAAUGCACAAAAAUUUGUCGAACAUUGAAGUUAUUUUUCAUGGGCUCAAGGACAAGUUGAAUCGCCACAAGGAUUUGAAAAACAAAGAACUGAAGUUAAAGUUCGAAGCCAUGGGCAGGAUCAAGGAGUACAAGUUGUACAAGGACCUGAUACAGAAGUCGAUGGACAUAGUGACCCUGCGAUUGAUACAGAUCAACGAAGAUUUAAAAAAGUUGAAGCAGGCAUCGGAUGUAGCUCUGCAAAAAUAUAUUAACGAGAAUGGCUACGGGUUGGUGAAUGUCUCCGACUGGACAACACACGACAAAGCGCAAGAGGAGAAGGUAGCCAGCGGAACCAAGAAAAGAGGAAAUGAAAAGAAGAGCAAGUUAUUCUGUCCAAUGGACUGCGUCAGAGAGAAGUGCCACAACCAGCUCAGUCAUCCAACUCAGUGCUACAAAUUAGAGCAGAGGGGAAGUCAAAUUCAAAAAAUCUGCGAGCCGUUUGUGGACCUGCACAGAGGCACAUGUCCAAGUGACUUCCACCAUUGUGCCAUAGCUGAGCCGGAGAGGAACAAAAAAUAUUCUAUCUUUGCCUCGGGCGGACGCGGACAAACACCUCAGUUCAUCACCAUUCGGGGAUACAACUUGCACGAAUGUCUGCAGCUGCUCGUUGUGAAUAAGGGAUCCACGUGCUCCCCAAGCACCAUCGAAAAAAACAUUUUGGAAUCCGAAGGCAUACUGCUGGAGCCUGUCUUCACGAAAUUGCUUCACAACGAGAUCCUCCUGGAGAACAUCAAGAUUAAUAACCCUGGGGAGUACAACAUCUGCUUGGCGCAGUUCUACCACCAGCCGGACGCGGAAGAUCUACUCACUGAGAACGCUUCCAACAGGAGCAGCAAGCCGAGCAAGCCUGGCAGGACAAAUAAGGCGCAGAAGAACGACAUACAAAUUUUGGGCAUCGAUACCAUAGGCACCUUAUACGUGCUGCCGCUCCCCUCAGGGAAGUAG